GGUUGUUGUUCACUUUCUCUGUGUUGUCGAGUUACCACUGCACUAGAUAAUGAAGACUGUAACAUCCGUUUCUUGCUUCAUUCUUGUAUUAUCUGUAACGGGAUGCAUAGGACACAGCACGUCUUCAGUGUCAAGAGGAAGUGAUUGCUCUGACAACAGUCCUGACUGCUUCUUCUGGAUUUUGAAUGUCGACUUCUUCUGCAACUCAGGCUGUGAUAGUACAUUGCAAUACAGACUGUCGAAAAUAUGUAAAGCCACUUGUGCAAAUUGUUCAUUGUCCGAUCCUCUCCAUCGCAAUCAACAUGGAAUCGACACUGAACCAUUAUUAGAAUUUUCGUCCGUUAAUUGUUCAACUGGACAGCAAUAUUGGCAGCACCCGACCGACGGCAGCAGCUUCAUCGAAUGCGACUCAGCCGGUCCAGAGGUGAAAUCAUGUGAGCCUGGAACUGUUUGGGAUCAAAAUUUACUCAAGUGCAAAAGCUGUGAAGGUGGCCAUCCCGACUGCUCGUUCUGGGCCCUCAAUAUUGAAAGUUUUUGCCAAUCAACGUCUAAGAACUGUUCUGGGCAUCAUCGGUUGGUUAAGAUCUGCCAUAGACUAUGUGGAGGUUGUGAUGUGGUGUAACAGAGACUGGUACAUAGUCUGUUUUGAGUCUGUGCGUUAGGUUAUUAUUUAUGUAAAUAUUUAUUUGUUCUUGAUUUACAUAAUAAUGAAAUCGGAUAAUGAUAAAUUUAGCACAGUCAGCCUAUGUCACGUGUACAUAAAGUCGAAUCUAUAUGCAAGCUUUAAAAAAAAAAACAAAGUUGUAAUAAUUACUGAAUUCCAAACGUUUAAAAAAAUUCCACAUAUUUCUCAAAUAGGAGAGUAAUCACUCUUUGCAAGGGAAUGUUCAAGUUCAUCAAUGAUUAUAAACUACAUGCACGUGUUUCUGUAUGCAUUUCCAUAUAAAUCAAUUUAGCACAGGGGUCCAAACCUUGAAUUCCACGGCCUACUCAUAGCCCAAUGCACAUAUUCAUGGUCGAGGUAAUGGCAAAUUUACACAUAGUAAUGAAUACGUUAAUGUAAACGGAUUCAGAACCAGAGGCCUUUGAUAAGCCACGUUGGUCUAACACUCGUACAUUUUGCCAUCAUAGUAAUUAUUAAUGGUUUCUUUAAUUCUCUUUUUUUCCCCAGCGAUUUCGCCCAGUGAAAAAUAAAAAAUAAAAAGGCAUUACAUAAUCUCUCUGGAUUUUAAUAACGUUCAGUGUACAAAUUGAUAUAAGAAUUUCAUAUUUAUUACGACCUAACCCCCUUGCUCUUCAUGAAUCCCAAGUGCGCUUCUAUCCAAAAGCACUCCUUUGAAAUUUCAUGAUUAAUAUCUGAAUAUUCGCAAUUAUCAAAUAAAGUGGCAAUAAAGAAAUCUCCAGAUACUAUUUUGGUUUCAAUACAAGUCAUAUUGCAGUUUCAUUUUCGUGAUCUUUCCUGAUUAUGAGGAUUUGAAUUGCAUCGAGAUCGGCUUCUGCAACUUCCAUUUCGAGUUGAUAGGAUAUAUUGCUAACGCCCACGAGAGCGCUUCAGUCAAUGCCGUAAGCUAUGUAUCAAUAUUAGAACGAAAAGGAGUCUAAAACAAAGAACAUGGAAUGAUAUAAUGUAAAAUAUGACAUAAGGCAUUCCAAGAAACAUAAACGCAAUUAAUAUCAAAAUCAGGAUUCAAUAUAAUAUUUGUAAUCCUAUUUUCUAUUUAUUUCCCCAAUCAUACACGAAUGUAGUUUUUUUUUGUUACUUAUAAUAAGACAUACAUUAAAGAAUGUGCUGCAUAGUGUAUUAAAAAUUCCAGAAUAGAAUUUCAAUCUGGUGGUAAUUCAUGAAAAAGGCAAAAAUCUUUUCCUUACGAAUACAUGUUCAUGCUUAUCAAAUAACAACUUAUCGAUCAAAUAUAUGGGCAGUGUUCUUUUUUAGAAUCUCUUGUUUCAAAUCCUGUAACAUAAGCGAUUGUUUAUUUGUUUUUUGUUAUUUAGAUGUUUGUUACGAAUUCUUAAGCCUCACUUUGAUGCUUGGACUAACCCUAUAUGAGAUAA